CCCCGACCCCAACCAGCUCGCCCCAGUCUGGCAGUCUCCUCCUCCUCCUCCUCCUCCUCCUCCACCUCCCCCUACCGACACCGAUCCCCAAUCGCCCAUGGAUCCCAAGCCCGACGCCAACGCGCCCGCGCCCGCGGCCUCGGCGCCGGCGGAGCACGCGGCGUACCCGCGCCUGUCCCCGGAGGAGAUGGCGCCGCCGCCGCCGCCCGUCGUGCCGCCGGCAGGCGCUAACCCCUACGUUCUCUCCGCUCCGUCGCCCAACCCACCCGCCAAGAGCGCUACGGACAAUCUGAGGGAGAUGUUCGGCAUGGUUGGGAAGAAGUUCAACGAGGCCGCGCGCAAGACUGAGGGCAUCGCCGGCGACGUUUGGCAGCACCUGAAAACUGGAUCUAGCAUGACGGAUACUGCCAUGGGGAGGAUUGCUCAGAUAUCAAAGGUCAUAUCUGAGGGUGGUUACGACAAGAUAUUUCAGCAGACUUUUGAGUGCUUGCCUGACGAGAAGCUCAAGAAGGCGUAUGUGUGCUACCUAUCGACAUCUCAUGGGCCGAUCAUGGGUGUCCUGUAUCUCUCGACUGUCAAGAUUGCAUUUGGUAGUGACAGCCCGGUGAAAUAUGUAACUGAGGACAACAAAACCGAGUCAUCCUUUUACAAGGUUGUUUUACCCAUUCCCCACUUGAGAUCAGUUAACCCUACGGCAAGUCAACAAAACCCUGCAGAGAGGUAUAUUCAGGUUGUCACUGUUGAUAACCAUGAGUUCUGGUUCAUGGGUUUCGUGAACUACGAUAGUGCUGUGAAGAAUCUUCAGGAGGCUGUUCGUGGUGUUCAUGGCGCCUAAAGAUCGCCUGUGUAUUUACACACUUGUCUAUGUGGUAUGCUCCCUGUAAGGCUGUAAGCCUGUAAAUGUGUUUAUGCAUGGUGCUUGUAUAGUUGUGAAUCUCGUGUUGAGAUGUGUGCCAUUGGAGAUCACUAUGCAGUGCAUGCAUGUAUCUGUAGCAUGUUGAUACUUCUGGAGAAGUGUCUGUAAAUACUGAAUGAAGUUGAUUGAAAUUUGAAGACAGUGUUGUUAAUUAC